AGCAGUAGAUGCAACAUCUGAAACAGUUAAUUAUUUAUUUACAUUGUGUGUUUGUUUAUUGAUUUAGCGGUUAAUUAAGUGGAAUCAGAUUUAUAAUGACAACAGAUUUAAAUUAUUCAACAAUCAAACUAGCUCAUCAAGUCAGAGAUUUUGAAGAAAAACGUCUUCAGGAUCGUAAAAAACAUACGCUGUACCUGGUUCACCAGUAUCUUAAAGAUGAAGGAUAUAACGAAACGGCACAACAGUUUGAGGCAGAAGCCAGACUGAGCAACCAGUUUGCUGUGUGCGACAACAUUGACUUGUACACGAUACUGCAAGAAUUUGAGUCCUACUAUUUCUUGCGCUUCCAAAAGUACCCAAAGGUAUGCAAGAAGAUUUUACCUGGAGGAGGGGAUGCUAAGGGAAAGUUACAACGUAGACCGACAUUGAAUGAAAAUGGCUUUGAAUGCAACAAACUGAUUGCAACCGCACUGUCCUGCCCAAAACAGAACAACUAUAAGACACCUUCCACCACUAAGGUUGCUGCCAACUCAAACAGAAACAGGAAUAAAUCUUUUGCUUCUGAUUUUGACAUCACAGUUCUUCCGUUGACUGCCCCCAAUCCGAAUGUCCAUCUGCAGCCAAUUGAGUCUGAUCUAUCUGCAGAACGGAUCGUUAAGCCAAUAGCUGGAUUUGAUGGAUACAACGGUGAAUGGAAAGAGUUUGCAGAUAUUAUUUCUAAGGAAAUCUUUGUCCAAGACCUGAACGUGAGAUGGGAAGAUAUCAUGGGUCUGGACGAGGCCAAGAGGCUCCUCAAGGAAGCCGUUGUCUAUCCGACUAAAUAUCCAGAGUUGUUCACUGGGAUACUUGCUCCAUGGAAGGGUCUCUUGCUCUACGGACCUCCUGGUACAGGAAAAACACUUCUGGCAAAAGCGGUAGCAACCGAGUGCCGGACCACAUUUUUCAACAUUUCCGCCAGUUCUAUUGUCAGCAAAUGGAGAGGGGACUCGGAGAAACUUGUUCGGGUGAUGUUUGAGGUGGCCAGGUACCACGCACCGUCCACUAUAUACAUUGAUGAGCUAGACGCGCUAGCAGGCCGACGGGACAGUGCUGCUGAACAUGAGGCGAGCAGACGACUCAAGACUGAGCUGUUGGUACAACUUGACGGUUUGGCGCAGUCAGACGAUCGCGUGUUCCUGCUGGCCACAUCCAACCUGCCCUGGGACUUGGACCCCGCAAUGCUGCGAAGACUGGAGAAGAGGGUGUUGGUGGACCUGCCCAACUGUCCGGCGCGCCGAGAGAUGAUCAAGCAGAACCUUCCCCCUGUGGUACUCGAUAGGCCAAGACUCACUGCCGACUUGGAUUACGACAAACUGGCCGAAAAGACCGCAAGUUACUCUGGCUCAGAUAUCAGACUUGUGUGCAAAGAGGCAGCAAUGCAAGCCAUGAGACAAGCCUUUGGACUGCUGGAGUCCAAUGCCACAGACAAAGAGGUGGGCAAGGUGCAGUUAAGGCCCAUGACGACAUCGGACGUUGAAGUGGCUCUCUCUCGUACCAAACCCUCCAACUCCUCAACGCUCGGCAAGUAUCGCAAGUGGCAGACAGAGUUUGGUGCCACCUAGCUACAAUCUUCUCGAGUAUAAGCAUCACCCUCGCCGCGAAUCACAGACACCACUACAUAGUCUAAAUGAUAAUCAAAAAUUUAACUUAAUAUGUGCUCAGUUGUUGUUAAACACAAAACAGUUUUAAAAUUGUUGUUUUCUUGUACAGGAAUUUAUUAAUUAAUUGAAUGUUGGAAAGUAUAAGUAUAUUUAUUGGUUUUAUCUUUCAAAUUUAUGAAAGAUUAAACAUUUUGUUUCCUAAGUUGACCAUGGGAUUUACACAUUAAAAAUGUUUAUUAUGCUAGUUUAAAUAGUUCUUAUGACACAAAAGGAGUUAAAAUAAACCUAAUAACGUGCAAACUUUAAACCUAAUUUAAAGCGAAUUACCUUUCAUUUGCUUAACCUAACGUUAAGCAAAUGAAAGUAAUUUAACGUUGAUGAGUUGUAACCGUAAAUUUAUAUAUAGUGUUAUACGUAUUUAGUGAAAGCGAAUACAAGAUGAUCAAAUUUUAUAUGGAUAAAGAAUUACUAUCUUUGUGUUAUAUUUACUGAAAGUGAAUACAAGACGAUCAAAUUUGAUAUGAAUAAAGAGUUACUACAUUUGUAUUAUAUUUACUGGAAGUGAUUACAAGAUGAUCACAUAUUUUGAUAUGGAUCAAGAAUUACUAUCUUUGUGUUAUAUUUACUGAAAGUGAAUACAAGACGAUCAAAUUUGAUAUGGAUAAAGAGUUACUACAUUUGUGUUAUAUUUACUGGAAGUGAUUACAAGAUGAUCACAUAUUUUGAUAUGGAUAAAGAAUUACUUUUGGAAAUAUUUAGUUUACUAAUGGUAAACUCGUAUGUAAGAAUUUGUAAUAUAUCCGACACCUACUUUCUCUCUAUCUUCAUGAUAAAAGUAAAGGGUCGUUCAAGACAGACUAUGAACGUUGAUAUGAACAUACUAUUGAAAAUGAAGAAAUACUUUGUUUUGUGACAGGGUUUCAGCUGCUCUUGACUGAUAUAAUUCAGUUCUUAACUGGAGAACUCACAUUUCUGAAACCUUGAGAAAAAAGCUCACUUUGUGAUUAUGAUUUUGUAACAAACUAAUGUUGAUGCUAAAACUUCAAUGAUAGUGUGUUAUGCUUAUAUGUAUAAAAAACACGUAAAGAUUCCAAAAAUGUUUUAACAAUGGAGAAAUUUUAAAAUGCAUGGUUUGAAUUUCUGUUUAAUAAAUGUUUUAUGAAACUUUUCUUGUUGCUGCUAGUGUUAUCUCUAUUUAUAUAGUGUAUUCAUGAUCUGUUGGUGGCAACAGAUUUUUAAAUGUUUAAACAAUGGAUUAGUUUAAAAAUGAAUUGUUUGACAAAUAAAAGUGUUCUAGUUGCUAGUG